AUGACUAUCUCAUAUCUGCUAUGUGUCUUCCUCGAGAGUCGUGAAGAAAGACUAUCUCCUGAACAUUGUUUCUAUCGCAUCGUCGAAGAGACUAUUCAAAAUGUCAUACAUUGCCCAACCGUCUUGCAUUAUAUGGUGAGGAGCACACUCAAAAAUUUCAACGAAGUUGUGGAGGAGCAAAGGGUUCAGGAUAUCACCAAAUAUCUACAAACUACCUGCCCCACUGUUUCCGGCAGUGACUCCCCUGCAAUGAAUUCGACAUUCGUUGAUGUGCGUGCAUACUCGGCCUGUCAAGGUGGCAAAGAUCCAAAGAGCAGGAAGCUUGCCCGAAAACACAUAUAUAUCCAGAAGCGCUUGGUUGACGACUGGGUGAAAGCCUUGACCAACAAGAUAGAGUACUGUCCUUCUGAACGAGAAUUUUGGCUCCUCACUGUCUUCAUGAAGCUUUGCUUGAUAUGUGGGCUCAUCGCUGUGGUCAAACUUGCAUUCACUUCACAGGACAUUGAUGUGAAGUAUCAGGCCCAUGGUUCUCCAUGCUCACUAGCCAAUUUCCUCUUGCAAUGGAAUGGUUGGCUUGAGUUUGACUCUGAUGAACCUGUUCAUCGCGAGAGAUUGCCGUACCACAAAUUGCGCUCUAUAGUAUUUUCAGACAUGUCUGAGUUGUCUCCAAAUCAUGGUCACAUCCGGAUAAAAGAUAAUUUUUCCAAUAUUGAACUAAUGGCUGCUGGAAAUUGGACGACCAUUCCACCAGUGUGGCCUACGCCCUACAAUGAGUCCCAGCCACAUUGCCUAUGCAUGUGGGAUUCCCCGCCAACGGAAGGUCACCCUGCAACAAUAGAGAUGACACCAUGGAAAUCAGAUACUCGCAGAUCAGAUCGUGGAUGGAUUUACGGGGCGAAACAAGUGGAAGACUAG